GUUACGGAGAGCGAGUGAAAGCCGUGUGUUUCCAAGUAACUUCCGGUGGCUAGGUACGCGGUGGCGGGAAGCAGAGCGAGUGUCUGUUUAGACGCACAAUGGCUGACACGUUAGAAUUUAACGAUAUCUACCAGGAGGUGAAAGGGUUUAUGAAUGAUGGACGCCUACGUUUAUCUAAGGCUGGACUUAUGUACAAAAAUAACAAAACUGGAAAAGUGGAAAAUAUUGCAGCAACUGACUUGUCAGAAGGGAUCUGGCGUCGUGUGGCACUUGGGUAUGGCCUCCGACUGUCAACACGUACCGGUCAGGUGUACAAAUAUGACGGUUUCAGAGAGCCGGAGUUCGAAAAGCUGUCUGAAUACAUCAAGACUCACUUUCAAGUUGAUUUGGUCGAGAAGGACAUGUGUGUGAAAGGAUGGAACUGGGGAUCUGUGAGGUUUGGAGGACAGCUCCUCUCCUUUGAUAUUGGGGAACAGCCAGCCUUUGAACUGCCUCUCAGUAAUGUGUCACAGUGCACCACCGGGAAGAAUGAGGUGACUUUAGAAUUUCACCAGAAUGAUGACACGGAGGUUGGUCUCAUGGAGAUCCGCUUUUAUGUUCCUCCAACGCAGGAUGAUGGUGGUGACCCUGUGGAGGCAUUUGCUCAGAAUGUGCUGUCCAAGGCAGAUGUGAUUCAAGCAACAGGUGAUGCAGUUUGUAUAUUCCGAGAACUGCAAUGCCUUACUCCACGCGGCCGUUAUGACAUCCGAAUCUACCCCACCUUCCUUCACCUGCAUGGAAAAACAUUUGACUAUAAAAUUCCAUACACAACAGUUCUACGUCUCUUUCUUCUUCCACACAAGGAUCAAAGACAGAUGUUCUUUGUGAUAAGUCUGGACCCUCCCAUUAAACAAGGGCAAACUCGUUAUCACUUUCUAAUCCUACUUUUCUCCAAAGAUGAAGACAUUAAUUUGACCCUCAACAUGAGCGAGGAGGAGGUUGAGAAGCGUUUCGAAGGAAAAUUGAAGAAGAACAUGUCUGGUUGUCUCUAUGAGAUGGUUAGUCGUGUCAUGAAGGCACUGGUAAACCGAAAGAUCACUGUACCUGGUAACUUUCAAGGGAACUCUGGAGCUCAGUGCAUCACAUGUUCUUACAAAGCCAGCUCAGGCCUGCUAUAUCCUCUCGAACGAGGUUUUAUAUAUGUUCACAAACCGCCAGUUCACGUCCGGUUUGAUGAGGUACAAUGUGUAAAUUUUGCCCGUGGAACCACAACAACACGAUCCUUUGAUUUUGAAAUAGAGACCAAACAAGGUUUACAGUAUACUUUCAGCAGUAUUGAAAGAGAGGAAUAUGGGAAACUUUUUGACUUUGUGAAUGCAAAGAAACUCAACAUCAAAAACAGAGGCUUGAAAGAGAAAUCACAGGGCAUGAAGCAGGCGUAUGAUGACUAUGCAGACUCAGAUGAUGAUCAGCAUCAUGAUGCCUACCUGGAGAGGAUGAAGGAAGAAGGCAAAAUUAGAGAGAAUGCUGACUCAGAUGACUCUGGAGAUGAAUCAGACGAAUCAUUUAACCCAGGGGAAGAAGAAGAUGAAGUUGCAGAAGAGUUUGAUAGUAAUCCGUCCGCAAGCUCAUCCAGUGCUGACAGUGAUGAGGAUAAAGAAAAGCCAGCAAAAAAACCCAAGGUACCCAAACCAAGUAAAGAGAAGAAGCCACGCAAAAAAACAGAGGGUAAGAAAGGCAAAGACCCUGCAGCACCUAAACGCCCAAUGUCAGCAUAUAUGUUGUGGUUAAAUGCUAGUCGUGAGAAGAUAAAGGGUGAUAAUCCUGGGAUUAGCAUUAUUGAUCUGUCUAAGAAAGCUGGCGAAAUAUGGAAGGGUAUGUCCAAGGAGAAGAAAGAGGAAUGGGACCGUAAAGCAGAGGAAGCAAAACGUGACUAUGAGAAAGCAAUGAAAGAGUACAAUAAAAAUGCCCCACCCCCUGAAGUUUCCAAAAAGGAGAAGAAGUCAAAAGGAGAGAAGAAAACAUCAGAAAAGACGGAGAAGAAAAAAUCUGGGAAGGCUGCCUCUCCUUCUAGAACUCCUGUUAAAACGAAUACAGUUAAGAGUAAAGAGUUUGUAUCCAGUGAUGAGAGCUCUUCAGAUGAAAGCACACAUAAAAAGGGAUCAGAUGAAGAGAUGGCCAGUAGUCCUCAGAGUUCUAAUGAUUCAGACUGAAUAGUAGCUACUUGGCUGUUUCACUUCGGAAGAUUAUUGUUGGGCUUGUGGGAGAUGAGUGCAGUACAGAGGAGAAUGUGGAUAUUUCUAUCCCUGAAGCUACAAGCUUAAGCCUAUUCUCUGUGGAAAUCUCCAUCUCGUCUCUAAAUUUCUCAUCCGCCAUUCCUCGUCAGUGUUCUGGAUUUCCUCUUUUUUUUUUUUUUUUCCACCUUGUAAUAAAAUAUUUUGAUUUUU